GGACAUUGGAAACAACAGCUUUACUGGAAGUUUCCCGGAUGCUAUCCUGCACCUAAAGAGGCUUAGAUUCCUGAGCAUGGGCAACAACAGUUUCACAGGGACUAUCCCCAGUGAAUUGACCAAUCUUGUAUACUUGGAACAGAUAAAUCUCAAUGACAACAAGUUCAGUGGAGUCAUCCCAUCCGUCCUGUUUCAGAAUUCCUCGUUGGGCUGGCUGGAUGUAACCAACAACUUUUUGUCUGGGGAGCUCCCAGCGACUCUCAGAACCAACUCUUAUCUUAACUUACUUAGCCUGGGAGGAAAUGACUUCACGGGCCCCUUACCAGACUUUUCACGCUGGAACGUCAAUUUCAAAUCGUUAGAUCUCAGCCGCAACAACUUCACAGGGUCGAUUCCUGACUCCAUUUCCAAACUCACCACCAUCGACGGCAUUUUACUCAACAACAACCAACUGACAGGCACCAUCCCCUCAGCCAUCUUCACCAUGAAAAAUCUGAAAUUCCUCUACAUGGCCAACAACCUUUUGACUGGCAGUCUGCCAUCUGCCAUCAGCAGACUCAAGAACCUCGAACAGAUCUGGUUGGACAACAAUAAGAUUGAAGGCCCUCUGCCAACUGAGUUAUGCUCUCUGCGCUGGCUGUGGCGCUUCAUGGUGCGCAACAACUACCUCUACGGACCCCUGCCAGACUGCCUCUUUGACAAGUGUAUCAACCAAAU